ACUUCGUUAAAAUGCAUUGGAAAACCUAUUUUCCCAAACUUUCUUUCGACUGUGGGAAAAGAAAAGUCGUUUACUUAAAACUUCGAAUCAGACUGUACGGCCAAACUUCCCUGCUUUUUCUCUCUUCUCUGCUUGAAGACUUGAACUCCUUCUGAGAUCUCUGCUUCUGCUCUUCUCUCUGUGAAUUCUUCGAAUUCUCAAGAGAGUUAGCCAGAGAGAGUGAGAGAGAGAGAGAGAGAGAGGGAGGAAUUCUAUUUUGAUGGAAUCAAUUUCGUCGCCGAUCGGCGUAACAUUUGUUGCUUCAUCAGUGAAGAAGCCUUCUUGUACUGUUGGAUUUUCUGGUUCUGGUGUUCCGAGAUUAAGGAAUUUUGAUAGAAUUUGUAAGAAUAACCGUGUUUUUACGGAGAAGAAGAAUCCAGCAAUCGAUUUCAGUGAUCCUGACUGGAAGACCAAGUUUCAGGAGGAUUUCGAAAGGCGAUUCGACAUUCCUCAUCUCACUGACAUUUUUGAUGAUCUCGUUCCCAUUCCGUCUACCUUUUGCCUCAGGAGCAGGACUCCUGUGAGUGAGGAAUUUGCAGACGGAUAUCCAUCAGAUGAGAGAUGGCAUGGAUACAUAAACAAUAAUGAUAGAGUGCUUCUUAAGACCAUACACUACUCCUCACCUACAUCUGCUGGCGCUGAAUGUAUUGAUCCUAAUUGUACCUGGGUGGAGCAGUGGGUUCACCGUGCGGGGCCGCGGGAGAAAAUAUACUUCAAACCAGAAGAAGUGAAGGCUGCAAUUGUAACCUGUGGCGGGCUUUGUCCUGGUCUCAAUGAUGUUAUCAGACAGAUCGUUAUUACACUUGAAAUCUAUGGUGUAAAAAAGAUUAUUGGGAUCCCUUUUGGUUAUCGUGGCUUUUUCAAUGAAGGAAUACAGGAAAUGCCGCUAUCUCGUAAGGUUAUUCAAAAUAUUCACCUUGCUGGAGGGAGUUUAUUAGGAGUUUCACGUGGUGGUCCAGAUGUUAGUGACAUUGUCGAUAAUAUGGAGGAAAGGGGAAUAAACAUGCUCUUUGUCUUGGGUGGAAACGGUACUCAUGCUGGUGCUAAUGCAAUACACAAUGAGUGUCAUAAGAGACGGAUGAGAGUAGCUGUUGUUGGUGUCCCAAAAACUAUUGACAAUGAUAUUCUUUGGAUGGAUAAGACCUUUGGUUUUGAUACUGCUGUUGAAGAAGCACAACGAGCAAUAAAUUCUGCCUACAUUGAGGCACAUAGUGCUUACCAUGGUAUUGGCAUUGUAAAAUUGAUGGGCCGAAGUAGUGGAUUCAUAGCCAUGCAUGCAUCCCUCGCUAGUGGACAAGUUGAUGUAUGCUUGAUACCUGAGGUACCUUUUUAUCUACAUGGCCCUCAUGGUGUUUUAAAUCAUCUAAAGUGUCUUCUUGAGACAAAGGGAUCAGCUGUUGUCUGUGUAGCUGAAGGAGCUGGACAGAAUUUAAUUGAGAAGACUAAUGCUAAAGAUCCAUCUGGAAAUAUUAUACUUGGUGAUAUUGGUGUCCAUAUUCAACAAGAGACAAAGAAGUACUUUAAGGAGAUUGGUUUUCCGGCUGAUGUGAAGUAUAUUGACCCCACAUACAUGAUCCGUGCAUGUCGAGCAAAUGCAGCUGAUGGCAUUCUCUGUGCUGUUCUAGGACAAAAUGCUGUUCAUGGAGCGUUUGCUGGAUAUAGUGGCAUUACAGUGGGCAUAUGCAAUACUCACUAUGUCUACUUUCCAAUUCCUGAAGUCAUUACUUAUCCUAGGCAGGUGGACCCUAACAGUCGAAUGUGGCAUCGUUGCUUGACUUCAACGGGUCAGCCAGAUUUUGUCUGACUAUGAGAGAUCUCACUUAUAAGCCCUUCUACGCAUUUAUCACUAAGAGAGAGACUCAGAGAGCAUCUGGUGGCUUGUAUGCUUCCAGAUGUGUAUGGAGUACAGGAAGAAGCCAUCUUUAAUCCUUUAGAUGGUGGUGGAAAUUAAAGUCUUCUAACUGCGUUGUGUACUAGAAAUAAAUAAUACCACAGGGAAAUUAAAGUAAGUGGUACAUACCAUGAAGGGCAGUGACAUAGGUAAGGAUUCCGCAAGGUGAGUUUCAAUUUUUUUUAACAUACAAUUGUGGGUCCUACCUUCUGUAAGCCUCUCUAGAAUUUUAAUUUUUAAUUUAUAAAUGUGUACCAAUAAAGGAAGGUAAAAGUUUUGUAACUUCUGGCAUAUUUAUCUCCGAUUCAAAUUUUUUUUCUCUUGUUAGCUAGAGGAAAUUGUAGCACAUUCAAAGACUUGUAAUUAAGCUUAACUUUCAUACUACGAGGGGUUAAAUUAUAAAUACUUUGUUUUGUUAUUUA